AUGGUAAGUUUUUACAAAUAAUUUUAUUUAUGACAUAAAGAUUAUUAUUAUUUUAAUGCAGUUAACGAUUGAUCUCAAAAAAUUGAAAUAAGAGAUCGAAUGGUUAAGUUUCAUGUUGACAAGGGAAAAAACUGAUAAGUGUUGAUGAAUAUAUCAAAAUCAUUGACAUUAAAUUUGUAUUUACUAGACAUUUGAAUUUAAUAAAAGAAUCAAUAAAAUUUGUUGCUAGAAAUUAUAAUUAUAUAAUAUUUUAUCGGAUAAGUUUCACAUUGAAAAGUAGACUGCUCUCAAUCAUGAUUGAUUAAAUAUUAUCAUAUGUCAAUGAUCAUCAGCAUAGAAUGGAACGAAACUUUUUCUAUAAUAACAAUUUUUCCAAUAAUUUAGAUAUGAUUGGAAGUUUGUCUAGAACUUUAAUUGUUCUUUGAACACUCGUUUGUUAUGCUGUAAAAUGAGAAAAUCAAACUAAUAGAUUUGUCAUUUGUGGUCAUUCACAGAUAGAAUAUAGAUCAUACACUAUGUGUAAAAUAAUGAUGCCUAUGACUUAAUCUUGUAGAUUAUCAAAAAAACAUUUCUUUCUUUUUCUAGGAUAAAUUAUUUAAUCUAAAAUGUUUCUCAUUAAAAUCGUUCUUUCGAUUUAAACAAGAUGAUAAAAUUCUAUCACUUCUUCGUCGUAUGUCAAAUCUGGAAAAAUUAACUUUAUACCUUCCUAUAGAAGGUCGAAAUAGAGUUAUUGAUGGUACUUAUGUUCAACAUGAUAUUUUGGAUCAUAUGCCACAACUUCAUUCAUUCACUUUCUAUAUUUGUACUUAUGUGGAAACGGUUGAUUUAUCCUACAAGUUAUCUAGUGAAGAUAUUCAACAAACAUUAACAAAUAUUGGACAACAACAUGCCAUUAGUAUGGCUAAUGAUAUUUCUCAAAUAUAA